AUGGAGGUCCUCGACGCGUUCUACGCCCAGGCGCCGCCGCCGUUCCCGCGGUCGCUCCUCCGGCAAUACAGCCUCAACAUCCCGCGGCCAGGCACGGAUGGCCUCCAUGAGAAGGUCGUCUCCCACGUGCGCGAGCGCUGGGAUCAUUACCAGUCCAAGUGGCGCCUCACGGACCCGGCGACGACCACGAUCUACGACGCCGAAGUCGUCGAAGUCGUCUUUGGCGAAGGCACAUUGGGCCUCGAGCUGUCGAUUCUCGAGUCCAAGGACAAGGUCAUGGUCAAGACAUAUGCCGGCGGCCCGUCGCCGAUCACGGUCGUCGCAGGCGGCGAUUUGCGGAAAGGGCUUGUGGUCGAUGCCAUCGAUGGCGUGGACGUCGACACACUGCCUGCGAUGGACGUGUUGAAGCGGCUUCAGACGGCACCGCGACCAACGGCCGUCCGCUUCACGACGAGUGAGACGUCGACGGUGGUCUGCCGCCUCUGCGAAUGCCUCGUCGACGUCAACCAACUCGAAGAGCACACGGAAUUUUGCGUCUUUUCAUGCAAGCACGAGCAGCAAGCCGACGCGUUGAACGCGCGGCUCCGGCGCGUCGCCAACUGCAUCACGUCCACGAUGCGCACCGAGGCCAUCCGUGCGUCAUUCAGCGAGACCGACACGCAAUACUACAAGACGAUGCGAUCGAUUGCGCUCCAGGCGGCCAUGUGCGACAUUGCGAGCAUCGAGUCGUUCGACUUGUGCGUGCAGCUCCUCAAGGCGCUCGAGGUCGGAGACCCCGAUAGGCUCUCAUCGAGCAGCAUCCUCGAGCGCGGGCUCAAGUUUACCAGCCGCAUCGCCGAUCUCAUCCACACCAAGAUGAGCCAGAUGCGAUCGACUCAAAAAUUGCUCCUGACGCGCGAUGCGCCGCUGCUCCUGUCGGCGCCAGCACCUUUUUACCGCGCCAAAUCGCUGGAAAACAACGCGGUCGAGACCAGCGUCAGCUUCUUGCCAAGCCACCGGUCGUCGCGCAUCUCGAUCCAAGACUUUGACAUUAUCAAACCCGUCUCGAAAGGCGCGUUUGGGCGCGUGUACUUGGCCCGGAAAAAGACCACGGGCGACCCGUAUGCGAUCAAGGUGCUCGCCAAAGCGCACGUCCUUCGCAAAAAGCAGCUGGGCCACAUUGAGACGGAGCGCAAUGUGCUCGCCAACGUCCAGAGCCCGUUUGUCGUCAAGCUUUUCUGGACCUUCCAGUCCAAACACAACCUCUUUUUGGUGAUGGAAUAUCUUCCGGGCGGCGAUUUCAUGUCGCUUCUCGAGUGCAUUGUGCGCUUGGAAGAAAAUGUCGCCAGCAUCUACAUUGCCGAGAUCGCGCUCGCGCUCAACCACUUGCACUCGAAAGGCUGUGUGCACCGCGACCUCAAGCCCGACAACAUUCUCAUCGGCGUCAACGGCCACAUCAAACUGACCGACUUUGGACUCUCGGAAGAAGCAGUCACGUGGGACGAAGCCGACGACCGCGACGAAGCGCUCCACGAUCUGAACGAGUCAUUUGCAGGCGCUCUGACAACGACGACCAAACACCGAGACGACGACGACCACGAUGACGACGACGGUCUCCACGAUGAGUUUCUGCAGGCGUUUGCGUCGAGCCCAUCACGAAAGAUGACGGCCUCGCACCAGUCUCUGCACCGCUGCGGCACGCCCGACUACCUCAGCCCCGAAAUCAUCCUCGGCGACCGGCACGGCGCGCCCGUCGACUACUGGGCCCUCGGCGUCAUCAUCUACGAGAUGCUGGUGGGGUUCCCGCCCUUUAACGACGACACGGUCGAAGCCAUCUUCUCCAACAUUCUCGCAGGGCAUAUUGUGUGGCCCAACCAGGACCAGCGACUGAGUGCGUCGGCCGAGCACCUCAUCAACCGCCUCCUCGAGAUGGACCCAGAGAAGCGCAUGGGCUGGGACGAGCUGCGGGCGCACCCGUUCUUCGCCGAGCACGGCAUCGACUGGGACACGCUCCUCGAGACGAGCCCGCCGUUUGUGCCGACCCUCGACGAUCCGUACGACACGAGUUACUUCAACAACCGCAACCUCACCGAAGACUUUGUCGACGGUGACGACGACAGCGUCCUUCCGACGACCGAUGCGAUUGCGAUCCCCGAGAGCGACGCGUCGCCGCACUAUGGGUAUGGCUCGCCGCUCUUGACGCCGACGACGCCCGAGGCCUUUCGGUCGUUUAGCUUCACCAACAUGAAUGCGCUCGCGGCCGCGGGGCGCGAAGAGGCGCAUGGCAAAAUCCUCGACGACCGCGCGUCGACCUUGAACUUUUGGUUGUAGCCACCACGCUCGUAUUUAA